AUGAAUAAAUUAGGAAUAUGUAAACUAUUAUCUAAUGAUUUGUGGAGUCGUAAUAACAAACCUCUCGCUUCCGAGGUUUUAACGAGGUACCUGCUGCAAACGAAGGAGCCACCGUGGACAUCGUACUUCGUGAAGUACCGGGACAUUAAAAAUGACCAACGAGGCUUGUCUCAUUUCAAUUGGCCUGUCGGUAAUUCAAACUACCAUGUUCUGCGUACCGGGUGCUUCCCUUACAUAAAGUACCACUGCACGAAACGCCCUGUAGAAGACCUCACGCUCGAUGACAGAUUCUACAAGGCUAUCAAGAUAAUUAACCUUGGAAUUCCUACUCUGGUUUAUGGACUCGCAGCUAUCUACUUAAUACGGCAUCAAGAGCCUGUCAAGACUUCGCGAGGUCAAGUCGUUAUAUACUUUUUACUCCCCGAAGACAAGGGAUCAAGAUACUGA